AUGGAAUCUUGGAGACCAAGAACCCCGGAGACGAGCUCAAGUGAUGAAGAUCAAGUCACAUCAGAUGAUCACAAUUCAGGUGCUACAACGGUGAAACGAAGCUACGAAUGCACGUUUUGCAAGAGGGGGUUUACCAACGCUCAAGCCUUGGGAGGUCACAUGAACAUCCACAGGAAAGAUCGAGUCAAACCGAUGCAACACAUCUCAGGUACAUCAUCACUUAAUGCAAAUCACUACUCGAAUGAGGAUCAAUACAUAUCCAUGAGUACUUCUCAUCAUCAUCAUCAAUAUAGUAGCGCACCACUUUCAAGCCAGAGGGUUUCUGGGUACUACCCAGUUUUGGAUCAGAUGAAUUACCGAAUGUAUUUUCAGCCAACUGGAUCUAACCCUAGAAUCCCAUACGGUUAUGACCUUGACGAUUCAUCAGUUGGGUCAAGGUCACACUCUUUGGGUAUGAACCAAGAACUUUGGGGUACGAAUUUGAGCUUGCAGUUGGAGGAUGAUGAAUUCAGAAGGGGUGUGAGGAGUAACGAUGAAGUGGAUUUGGAACUUCGACUUGGGCAUGGUUAA